GCACGCAUGGCUGCAGACACUAAAGAUCUAGACCGUCUGUGAUACCCACUUAUCAGCUCAGCCAGCCAUUCGGACGAAUCACAGCAUUGUUGCGACCCGUCAGCUCUGUGCAGUCUCAAAGGCUUGACUCCUUUCAGACAAAAUGGGGUCUCUAAUGCACAGUCAAACUCAUAGUUGAGUUAAGCCUUCUGUAAAAUCCAUUAAUACUGUGCUUUUGCAGCAUCCUUCCUGUCCCUGGAGAAGCUGAAAGGAAACAAGGAGUUAGACUCGAGCGAUAAAGAUGCAUCAUUACAUCCAGUGGCAAGCUGAGCUAUGCGAAAAGAGGGGUCCAGAGCACAAGAACAUCGAGGCCGCUGAGGCCAGUUUGUCAUGCUCAGUUGGAGUGCGAGGGCAUAUAAAACAAGACAUUGAAACCCCAACUUUCGUUUGUUGUUCUCCAGCUCAAUAGGUACCCAUCAAAGCCCCGGUCAAACCCCCUCAUAUCACCCGCCCAACCCAGCAAGAUGUCGGAUGAGCGUCCCAGUCAUGUUGUCAUUCAGGGUAUCCUGCCCAAGGAGGCUCCCGGCAUUCGAAGAGAAUUCUCCGACUGGGCCAAAGACCAUGAGAACAACAUUCAGGUGUCUCUCUUCAUCCGCGCCCUGCAAAAGUUCUACGACACCCCCUACACUGAAACCCUCUCCUACUUCCAGGUCGCUGGUAUCCACGGCUACCCCGGAAACCUGAAGUGGGACGGCGCCGUUGCUCCUCCUCACGACAGAGACGCGAGGCAUUACAUCUACUGCACCCACAAUCACUUCAACUUUCCCACUUGGCACCGUCCUUACAUGGUCCUGUUUGAGGAGACCCUCUGGAAGCUGAUGGGGGAGGUCAUCGAGAAGAAUCUCGAAUUUCACGACGAUGCUGACAAGAAGCUGUGGCUUGAAGAGCGGAACAAGUGGCGACUUCCUUACUGGGAUUGGGCUCUCAACUCGGCCCAGGGCAAGGUUCCUGAUCUAUUCGUUCCCUACAGCAUCAAGAUCAGGCAGCCUGUGGGGAAAGGUGGAUCUCAGCAGGAGUCCGAGAAUGUCCCAAAUCCUCUCGCCCGGUUCCAGGUCAAAGAAAACGGUGUGCCCAUCAAGAUGGGCAAGCUUCCCAAGAAGUACAGGGUUGAUAGCGUCCAGUUAGGUGAUGGCAGCUACCUGCCUUGGGCAGAAUGCUCCGGCACCAGCCGCUGGGGCAUCAAGCCUCACACCCAGCCUGACGAAUGGACCGAGGGCGUCAACAAGACCGAGAUGAUCGCCCCCGCCAUCAACAACCACGAGUGGUACUUUUCGCCAGACAAAAGGAAGCCCGAAGACCAGAAGAAGAGAGAGGAGGCGAUCUUCAAACACCCAGUGGGGGAUCUCCUUCAUCGCCUUUUCAAAAUUGACAACUGGGAAGACUUCUCAUCCACGCGAGUGAGCCAGGCGCCCAGCGACAUAGACUGGGAGAAGUGGGUCUCGCUGGAGUAUGUCCACAACAACCUGCAUGGGUUCAUUGGCGGCGACGGUGUCGAGGGCAUUGGACACAUGCAAAACGUUCCUUCGGCCGCGUUUGACCCCAUCUUUUACAUGCACCAUUGCAACAUUGAUCGCAUCACCGCCAUAUGGCAGACGCUGCACGAGGGUGUCUGGUUUGAGAACGAUGUCCUCGCCGAGAGAGAGCUCUACCCCUUCCGCGGGCCAAAGCUGGACGGCGAGAUCGACUACUUCACGUCCAAUGAUGUGCGGGACUGGACCCGGUUCGGUUACCAGUACGAGAUCCUCGAACUCAGAGAUGGGGAGACCGAGGUGGGACGCAAAAGGCGCAUCAAUGAGUUCAUCGACAAGUCGUACUUCAGCACCGCCCAGGUCUUGCUCAAGGACGAGGGUCACUUGUUUCACGAUGGUUCAGAUAUCGAAUCCUUCGCCGCCCGCAACGAAUUUGAGGAUUACAUCAUCGAUGUCAUCUAUGACCGGCAAGUUAUUCCUCUCACGUUCUAUGCUCUGAAUGGAGAUCCCUACAUAAUCCAUUUCUUCCUCGGUGCCCCGGUGCCUCAGCCCGAGUCCAACGGGGUGGCGGCCAAGAUAACCUUCAAGUCACCCAAGCACGUCGGGAUGGUCUACAACUUCUCGACUCCUUGGCUUGGAAACGGCAACAACACCGAAUCGGCCAUGUCUGAUGUGGAAUCUGACGGGGAGGAGCCUGAGCCGGAAUCUGACCAGCCCACGUGCGGCAACUGCGUGUCCCAGCAAGCGGAAAACAUCCUCAGCAACGCCAUGAUUCCCUUGACGAUCCCACUCUACAACGCCGCAGCAGACAAAGACAUCGAGGGCCUCGAAAACAUCCACCCGGAUCAGGUCAGGGACUUCCUCGCCAACGAGCUUACCUGGGUUGCCGUGAGCACGAACGGCACAAUUAUCCCCUGGGAACGCCUCCCCAAGACCAAGGUUUUCGUCCUCAAGGGCAAGGCCAAGCAUUACACCGAAAACUCGAAGCUGUCAUCGUACAAGGAGUAUGACGCUUUGGGCCACAUUACGCACAACAAGCCAGCCGGUGCUUCUCAUGCCGACUAUGGACAGUAUGCUUGAUUGGAAAUUGGCCUGAGCAAGAAGGCA